UGCUUUCUGCGGUUUUCUCUGCAUUUCUUGCAUAUUGUCUGUAUGUUCAUCAUAUUCACCAGAAAUAUGAUCAUAUACCUGGACCUCCAAGAGACAGUUUUCUGCUGGGGCAUACACCUACUUUUUCCCGAGCGGCGAAAUCGGAUAACCUUAUACAGGACUUAUUUCUUGAGUGAUAAAUAUGGCCCUGUCUACAGGCUGAACAGUUUUCAUUAUAUUGUGAUUGAAGUCCAUUGCCCCGAGGCUACAAAGACUAUGCUGAUGUCACCUAAGUAUCUCAAAGAUCCCUUUGUCUACAAACGCCUCUUUAACUUGUUUGGAAAACGGUUUCUUGGAACCGGGUUAGUGACGGCUGCGGACCAUGACGUCUGGUACAGGCAACGUCGUAUCAUGGACCCAGCUUUUAGCAGCACAUACUUACGAAGCUUGAUGGGCACUUUUAAUGAGAUGUCUGAGCGCCUGAUGGACCAUCUGGAGGAAAUAGCCGACACUAAAACACCUGUCGUCAUGCAUGACCUGGUCAACUGUGUCACACUCGACGUCAUUUGCAAGGCGGCGUUUGGUGUUGAUUUAAAUUUGUUCAAGCAAACUGACAGCCCCUUCCAGAGGGCAAUAGAUCAGUGUUUAAAGGGCAUGGUAUUCUACCUAAGAGACCCAUUUUUUACACUUUUUCCAAAGAAUUGGAAGACUGUACAACAAACUAAAGAUGCAGCUGAUCUCCUGCGUAAAACGGGAGAGAAAUGGAUACAAAAAAGGAAGACAGCAAUAGAAAAUGGAGAAGACGUCCCCAAAGACAUACUCACACAAAUCCUCAAAACAGCAGAGGAGGAAAACGUUAAUAACACAAAAGAUCAUGAGCAGAUGUUGGACAAUUUUGUGACUUUCUUCAUUGCUGGGCAAGAGACAACAGCCAAUCAGCUCUCAUUUGCAAUCAUGGAAUUAGGGAGACAUCCUGAGAUAUAUAAACGAGCUAAGGCAGAGGUGGAUGAAAUCCUUGGGACGAAAAGAGACAUUUCAUAUGAAGAUCUUGGAAAAUUCACCUACUUGUCUCAGGUGUUGAAGGAAACGCUGCGUCUGUACCCAACUGCUCCAGGAACCAGUCGUUGGCUACAUGAGGACAUGGUUAUAAAUGGGCUGAAAAUCCCAGGGGGCUGUGCUGUUAUUUUCAGUUCUUAUGUUUCUCAAAGACUGGAAAAGUUUUUUAAAGAUCCACUGAAGUUUGAUCCAGAGAGAUUUAAUGUGAAUGCCCCAAAGCCUUAUUACUGCUACUAUCCAUUUGCACUUGGUCCACGAACCUGUCUGGGGCAGGUCUUCUCACAGAUGGAGGCAAAAGUGGUGCUUGCCAAACUGCUUCAGAGAUUUGAGUUCAGUCUGGUUCCUGGACAGUCUUUUGACAUUAAAGACACGGGAACUCUACGGCCCAAGAGCGGAGUGAUCUGCUACAUUAAACACUGCUCAUAGGACAUGUUUAAGGCCCUUGUUUUGUGGCAACUCUUGUGUACUUAUGCCUUUAUUCAUCACCUUGUAUAAUUCAAACAUUAACCAAUACAAGAGUCUCAUCAACUCUCAUGAGUUUUAUAGCUGCCCUAAUUCUAAAUAAGUCUAAACUUAUAUGCUGUGACUGAUAACUACUACUUCUAUUUUUUAACCAUUUGCAAUCAACUGUAUUGACACUAAACCCAUUUUAAUAGGAAUUUUAAAGGUCUUACACAGUGACAUGUAAGCUUUUGUUUCAUGACUUUCACCUGUGUAUUUUGAAGGUUGCAUCCUUCACAUCCUUAAAUCACCUACAAUCCUAUGGAAGAAAAUUAAUGAUAAAAGUUUUUGAAACAAAAUUGCAUUUGGAAUCCACUUUCCAAAUUCACUUCCAAAAAUUGAGCAGAAAAUUCCAAGUAGGUAUAAAUGUAGACUGGAGAUCUCCAAAAUGGGGCGUGAAUUUCAAAAGUGGACAGAACAUCCAAAAUGGGACGGGUCUUUUCCCACAAAGACUUUCACCAUUGGUUCUGGCUUCGGCCAGUUGUUACUGACUUACAUUUCAAAAUAGAACUUUAUAAAUUAAACAUUGUUUCUAACUGAUCUAAAAUAAAAUAUGCUAUAUAAAUUAAUAUUCUUCGUGAGAGCAGAGCCCAAAGCUCGUGGUCAGUGUUGUUCAGACCGGAGUUUGAACCUCUGCUUAAUAAACGGGAAUCACCCACGAGCUCUCCCGUGAGCAGUCUCAGCGCAGUGCAGGGGAAAGAUUUUACUCUAUCGUUUUUAGCCAACGGGGGCAUCCCGGGCUCGAAAUUCGCAGGGUGGGAGGGGGUAGUGACGCUGGGUGUAACUAAAAAGGUGCCAUUGUCUGGUGAGGUCUGGCUGGGGAGUUACAGAAUGGCCCGGCUCGGAGAUCUCAUAUCACAUGAUCUUAUUAACUGCUAAUCUCCUGAACUUUCUUUACCACGCUAUUCAGCCACAAUCCCACCUUGCAGUCCAUUUCACUGGUUAAAGGGAUACUCCAUCC